AUGCCACUGUCGAGCUCCCUCGGACCACGAAGUGACUCGCUGGACCUGGCAGCAGCAAGCUUAUACGCCGAGGAAGACAGUCGCAAUGACUUACCGACACCGCAUAUUGAAGCCGACGGCGAGAUCUCCGCAGCGAUAUGUCUUCGAACGCCAAGCGAGUGUCAAGGAGGCAAAAAUCUUGCUCGAGCAUUGGGCUUCCUUGGAGGUAGAACCAGUCCGAUCGGCCCCGGCGUCUCAGGCUUUGACUUCACAUUCGCCGACCUUGUCGACGCGAGACGCCGAUAUCCUGGGCAAGUCAUCGUACAUCGACAUACGCUUCUUGGUUCUGAAGACUAUAGCUCAGCAUUCGAAGAAGACGCACGGCUGAGCCGAGACUGCUGCAAUCAAGCUAUCCUAGAAUUCUCUCCGGAUUCGUUACCGAAAGGCACCUACCUUCUCGAUCUUGGCGGCGGCUUCCAUGUCACAGUCCCGCUUGAUCCAAUAACCGAAGCUACGUUCAAGCAAGGCGGCCAAGGAACCAUACCACCCGAGGGUCUCGUACGUAUCGCCACGGAGAUGAACAUCGACAUGAAAGACUACCGUGUUGAUGGUAAACCGCACCCGGUAUACAGUAUGGGCGCCCCAAAGCAGGUUGAUAUCCGGUACUUGGGCUCGACACCGAUAACUAUAGUGGAGAUGGCGAUCUGGUUUCCCGCGCAUGGCUCACUCUGGCCGGACUGGACACAGCGAUUUGCUCGAAGCGGCUGGACGCAAAACAAUAUCGCUGACUUGAUUGUGAGUUCAUUCUUCCUUGCCGAACCGUAUCUCUCGUGGGCUAAUUUGACCAAGAACCGAGCUUACAACACCGACGCCGUCGAAGGUAUCGGCCCAUCGACAAUCAGUCAGCAGACGAAUAAACAUGGUCGUGAGAUCCAAGAGCUGUCUGGCUCUCGUGGUCAGGAACAACAGCAUCUGCCUGCGAUCGCGGCUCCUCCAGUUACAUCUUUCUCUUGCGAGAAUUGGACACCGCCUGGCAACGAAUACAGACUAGUCGACUACUACGUCCGCGAUCUUGCGAACGGCGUCGACCGUGAUGACUUUCCGUCCGGUUCAGACAGGGGCUUUCUGACUCAAUUGAUUGAGUAUGUCGUCGACAACCCAGAGGAGUGGGGUGACCUCUUGCUCAGCGAUGUCCAAUUCAUCGAAGAUUCGGAGGGUUACUUUCAGACAACAAACCCUUCUUUUGGACCUGGGAUGGAGAACCCAGACAAGGAAGCAUUUCGUCGCCACAAUCCAGUCUUGAAACGGUAUCGCAAGACGAUGGCAGAUUAUCGCAUCCGGCAAAAGAAGGACAAAGCGAAAGUCGCGAUGGGAAGCCAAGACCAGGCUCAAUGA